CUCAAUAUUUGAUCGUUUCAAAGCGAAUACAACAACAAAGAAAGUGCGAGAAAAUUCACAAAGAAAACAAAAGAAAAAAGAAAAUAUCUGGUGGGUUUGUGUGUUUGAGAUUAAAGAUUGGAUCUUUUUAAGAGAUUGAGAGAAAAAGUUUGAUAUUGUUGGCUGUUUAGUAAAUGAAAAAUGGUGGCCGAAGCUGUUGAGAUGGUGUGUCCACAAAACGUUAUUGGUUUGGAUGUUCAGUAUUUUGGUAAAGCAAACGUUUCUGUUGUUCGUGAGAUUGAUGAAGUUGUUAGUGUUUCUCCCCGGAAGUUAAAUCAAGCUCUGGUUUCUGAUCCUGUUCUUGCUGAUUUGCCUGCUCCUCCAGUUGUGGAUUGUAAAUCUGCUGAGGAAAUCCCAGAUGUGACUCUGGAGCUUCCAACUGUGCAGUUUGUUCCCAGCAUUCGUUCUGGUAGCUUUUCCGACAUAGGGCCGCGAAGAUAUAUGGAAGAUGAGCAUAUACGGAUAGAUGAUUUGUCUACACAUAUGGGCUCCCUUUUCAAGUUUCCCAAGCCAAGUGCUUUUUAUGGGGUUUUUGAUGGUCAUGGAGGACCUGAAGCGGCAGCUUAUGUUAGAAAAAAUGCAAUGAGACUUUUCUUUGAAGAUGUUAAAUUUCCCCAAGCACAUGAAGUUGAUAAUAUCUUCUUGGAAGAAGUUGAGAAUUCUCUUCAGAAAUCGUUUCUUCUAGCUGACCUAUCUUUGGCUGAUGACAGCAGUGUGAGCAGUUCUUCUGGGACAACUGCACUCACAGCCUUUAUAUUUGGAAGGCUAUUAAUGGUGGCUAAUGCUGGUGACUGUCGAGCUGUUCUCUCUCGUAAAGGAGAGGCAAUAGAUAUGUCUCAAGACCACAGGCCUGUUUAUCCAGCAGAAAGAAGGCGCGUUGAAGAGUUGGGAGGGUACAUUGACGAUGGAUAUCUUAACGGAGUUCUAUCAGUAUCUAGAGCACUUGGAGAUUGGGACAUGAAAUGUCCUCGUGGUACUCCGUCGCCUCUGAUUGCAGAUCCAGAGUUCCGUCAGGUGGUUCUAACAGAGGAUGACGAGUUUCUCAUAAUCGGUUGUGAUGGCAUUUGGGAUGUCAUGUCAAGUCAGCAUGCUGUAAGCCUCGUCCGCCGUGGACUGCGGCGGCAUGACGACCCAGAUCAAUGUGCGAGGGACCUUGUUAUGGAGGCAUUGCGCCGCAACACAUUCGACAAUCUUACUGUCGUCAUUGUGUGCUUCUCCUCAUUUGAUCAUCAGGAACCAUCUCCAUCUAGGCAACGGAGACAGAGGUGCUGUAGCCUCUCCGCAGAAGCCUUAUGUAGCUUGAGAAACUUGUUGGAUAGCAAUGCCAACCGCUGAAUGUAAAUAAGUUAAUAUCUUAAAUAAUUUCUGUUUCUGACAGGGAAUUAACUGUUUUAGCUGCUUCAGUUUGAUGCUAGAAAAAGCAGCUUUCAUUUUUGUAGGUGCUGAUUUUUCAGACAGCACUCGGGAGGGUGGGUGGGUGUACAUAACUGGCGGGCAUAUGGUGGUGUUGGUACUGAGAUUUUCAUGUAUUAUAUAUUUACAAUCCCUUAUGGGGGAUUUCUUUUUAUUUUGAAAGUGCAGUAUGGUUGCGGUUCACACAUUCCAUUUUGAGUUGUGUACUGUGUAAAUAUAAUUGGAAUAAUGCAUUUUUUGUGCCUUGUA